GUUUCCGACAAAAAUGCAAUCUUCAAUUUAAUGCUCCGUGACCUGGGGGAGCACCCCGAGAAGGUGGAAGGUGUAGGACAGCUACUUUUUGAGAUGUGCAAGGGUGUUCGAAACAUGUUCCACUCUUGUGCAGAGACGGCUAUGAAGUUAAUUCUGUUAAAGCUGGGGCCUAUUACUGAAGCAGAAAUUGAACUACCGUGGGCAACUGUAGGAGAAGCCUUUGAGCAGAUGAUCAGAUCAGCUGUACUCCAUAUCCAUAAGGAGCAUUUUGACAUUGUCUUCAAGUGCCUGGAGGAGUCACUCUUAGACUUGCAGAGGAAAAUAACUAAGGCCAACUGCUGUAUAGCUUCAGAGCAGAUGGAAAGGAUUCUGCAAGCUUAUCUGAUCCUAGUGAAACAUGCAAAUGGAUCCAAAAUCUCAAUGCCUGAAGAUGUCUGUCAGGUAUUUGCAAGUGGAUUUGAACGGUGCUUUCUUUUGGACUUCUCUGAAGCGAUGUUCACAAUGAAGCAAUUUGAGAGGCAUUUUCUUCCAUGCUUUCUAGAGUACAUUGAGCAUUGCUUCUCUGGCACAGACGCCCUCACAAAGGAUGAGGCAAUGGCAAUUCUGGCUAAACUCAUUCUGGUGAAAGCAGAGCCUCCUACCAUUGGUUCAAUGGCAUUUGAAAAGUAUCCCCUCGUUUUCACUGAAUCAUCUCUGCCCCUGGCAGUCUGUGCCGGAGGAAAGGCAGAAGUCCCAGUCUUAGAUCAUGUUCUGUCUUUAAUCCGUUUACCUGAGAAGGAAGACAUCACUGACCUUUCACAGCCUUGGGUUGCCUUGGUUGUACUGCCACAUAUUAGACCAAUGGACAAAGAAAACAUUCUACCCUGUGUGACAAGUUUUAUAGACUCUCUCUUCACAGCCAUUGAGAAAGGAAGCCUCUGCAAAGGAAGCCUGUUUGUGGCCUGCCAAGCUGUGAGUACACUUCUUAGUUUGGCGGAGUCUUCUGAAAUACUCCAUUUGUUACCUGUGGAGCGUGUCAAGAGCUUGGUGACCACUUUUCCUUCAGACCCCUCUGCCUUGCUGUUGGCUGACCUCUAUUACACAAGGUUGGCAUUGUGUGGCUGCCAGGAACCCCUUUCCCAAGGGAACCUAAUGGACUUGUUUGAGAAGUUGCAUCCUAAUAUUUCCACUGGUGUUUCCAAGGUCCGGCUAUUGACUGUUCGUAUUCUAAACCAUUUUGAGAAUCCACCUUCUACACAGAUUGAGGGUGAUGGCACAGGGGAAUUCCAGCCGCUGUUUGCCGUAUUGCUCCAAGCAGAACUUGUGCCAGCAACAGUGAAUGAUUACAGAGAGAAACUUCUCCAUUUGAGAAAACUAAGAUGUGAUAUAGUGCAGUCUUCAAUACCAAGUGGAUCUUUGCGAGAGGUGCCUCUUCGGUAUUUACUGGGAAUGCUUUAUAUUAACUUCAGCCCUCUCUGGGAUCCUGUAAUUGAACUCAUAACUUCUUAUGCAAAGGAAAUGGAGAAUAAACAGUUCUGGAAGGUCUUAUAUGAACAUUUGGAGAGGGCUGCUACCUAUGCUGAAAUGGAGCUGCAAAAUGAAUUAGAUGAACAGGAGGAGAGCAUUGCUGAAACAGAAGGCGAGAAGAUGCCAGAAGGAGGGGUAGGGACUGUCUUCCUGGAGCACCUGAAGACUAGAACAGAUUGUACCGAUCGGCUGGACCACACAAACUUCCGUUUUCUGCUGUGGAAAGCACUGGAUAAGUUUCCAGACAGAGUGGAGCCUAGGUCGAGGGAACUUUCCCCACUUCUUUUGAGAUUUAUUAGAAAUGAGUACUACCCAGCAGAUUCAUUAGUGGCUCCAUCUCAGGAUCUUAGAAAGAAAACUAGUGGUACAGUAGCAGCAAAAGAAAUAGCUGGUGAAGAGGUGAAUGAUGUUGCUAUGGAGGAGGAGGAGGAGGAAGAAGAGAAGGAAGAAGGGGGACCAAUUACUGUAGGACUACCGAAAAAGAAAACAAGAAGAGCUGCUGCUAAGCAACUAAUAGCCCACUUACAAGUUUUCUCUAAAUUCUCAAAUCCUCGUGCGUUGUAUCUGGAGCAGAAGUUGAACGCAUUAUAUACCCAGUUACUGUCCCAUCAAGACCAGAAUGUACAGAGGAUAGCUCUUGACUGUAUAAUGACAUACAAGCAUCCUCAUCUACUGCCAUACAGGGAGAACUUGCAAAGGCUACUGGAGGACAAGAGUUUUAAAGAAGAAAUAGUCCAUUUCAGUAUUUCUGAGGAGACUGCAGUAGUAAAAAUGGAGCAUCGACCAGAUCUCAUGCCUGUUCUUAUGAGAAUUCUCUAUGGCAGAAUGAGAAACAAAACAGGGAGCAAAACACAGGGCAAGUCUUCAGCAAGCACUCGCAUGUCGAUCGUUCUGCGAUUUCUUGCCGGCUCACUGCCGGAAGAGAUACGGAUGUUCUUGGAUCUACUCUUUGAAGCUGUGAAGCAAUUCAGUAAUGGACCUUGCCAGACUGCAGUGCUUCGAAGUAUGUCAGAGCUGGAUUUAGCUAAAGUCCUGCCUCUUGGGCGUCAGCAUAGCCUCUUCAAUGGUCUUGAAGUUGUGUUGAAAAACAUGGGACAUUUGAUCCAUCAGUACCUGCCUGAAAUUCUACAGAUUCUGCUGUGCAUGACAGCUGUGGUAUCCUGCAUCCUCCAGCAAAGAGAGAAG